GCACAUAUCAAGAGUAAUUUAAUUUUCGCGGGUAAUAAUGAUUACAUGCAAACACAAAGUAAUUUGAUAAUUUUUCAUGUAAAUUGCGAUAAAAAUGAUGUAAAAAAUAAAAUUGGACAUUUGACAUUGGAUCUUUCAUGAGAGAAAAUAUACAUACAUGUGAAAAUUGAAAAUUGAGAAUUGAGGUUAAUUCAUUAACAUAUCGUUAAAAAGUAUUUUCCUGGUUUCAUUGUAUAAGUGUAAAUAUAUUUAUAUUUUUCCGUCCAAAUUGUUUAUUUACAUUUUAAAAUUACCAAUCAAAGAACUUAGCAAUAUGUCGGAAAGUACAGUUUACUUGGAUAGAGAGUUACGAAAAUUAAAACCAGCAGAAUUGUAUAAACUGGCUCAAAUAUUAUGUAUACAGGAUUCCUGGAAAAAAUUAAUGGCAAUCAUACCAAAGGAUGAUGAUUCUGAUCUUCCAAAAUUUAACAUUGAACAUAUUAGUAUGAUCGAACAGGCUGCUCAACAACAGGGAAAUGCAGUAGAAAUAUUUUUGUCAGAAUGGGGAACAAUGGGUAAAAAGAGACCAACAUUGCGUUUCUUAUUAAACCUUUUAAUAAAGGCUCAGUUAUUUAGAGCUGCUGAUUAUGUGGCUGGAGAACUACUAAAUGCAGAAGAACUGCCAAAACGGCCACAAUUUGGACCAGCAGCACCUGUAGAUAUUUCGGAAGAAAUAAACAGAGUAUCAUUAAAAGACAAUGAGAAACUUGAGAACCUUAAUUACAAUGAAUCUUUGAUAUUUGGAUUAGCUUCCCAAGUUGUUGACAAUGAAACAAUUAAUCCUAAUGCAACGAAUAAUAGUUCUUUUGAAAGAAAUAUGCAAUCAACAAAAUUGAUUUCUUCAGAAGGGGAACACAAUAAAGAGCAAUUACAAAAUGACAAGGAGACAUCAAAUGCACAAAUUUCAGAUCUGAUGAAACUCAAUAGCAAAGGAAACGCAGAAAAACCCAGAAAACAAAAACAAAUAUUUGAUCAACAGGAAAUGUCGUCCGACGAAUUGCCUGUCUUUUUAAACGAGUUUGAACAAUCUGUCGAACAAACAAAAUUUAAUCGAGAAGUACCAUCAGAAGAACUUCCUCUUUUCUUGAACAAUAACACGACUUCGUCAAAUGAAAUGUCGAAUUAUAAAAUUAACGAUUUAUCCAAUUGUAAACCGAACAAUUUAUCCAAUAGGAAUCGAAACGAAAUAACUUCUACCGAAUUACCUCAAUGUAUUGUUGAAUUUCGUGUAAAUAAUGUAUUUGAUUCGAAUAAUAGUUGUGGCCCCGAAAAUUACGCAAAUAUAGCACAAAAUGCAGUGAGUUCGACAGAAUUACCGAUUACAGUAUUAGAAUAUAACGAAUAAUAUAAGUUUUAAUUGGAUUUAAUAGCUAUACUUUUUCCGUUUGUGAUUUCAAAAUAUCGAGCACCAUAUACGGAUACGUAUUUUUACAAGAAAACAUAUUUAUAAAAAGAAAGUCAUAUUUUGAUAUAAGUAAAUUAAUUUUUUAUGAAAGCGUACGGAUAUUAUGUUACACUAUGGACAAAUACACAUGCAGGUUUAUUAUUUAAAAUCUACGGUGUAUGAAAAUAAAUAUUAUAAAUUAUA